AUGGCGCUUUCCGGCAAAAUUUCCGACCGUAAGCUGCCGGAAGGGCUUUUGGAGAUCUCUGAAAGGGUUUUUGUAUUUAAUUGCUGCUUGACCUCAAACAUUUCAAGCAUUCGUGAGUAUCGAGCCUAUAUCCGGCAUACUGUGGAACAACUCCGUGAACACUUCCCCGAGUUUUCACUCAUGGUUCAGAACUUCGGAGAUGAAAAUCACAAAACUCGAAUUAGUAACCCACUUUUUAAAUGUGGGAUGACCGUAAUAAACUACCAUUGCCAAAGUAAAAACUGCCUUUCACUCCCACCGGAAACAAUCCAACACUUCUUGAGCACGAGCCGUAAAUGGAUUUCAUCCGGGAAGAAGAAUUUUCUGUUGAUGCAUUGUGAGAACGGUUGCUUGCCGUUAUUAGCCUUCGUGCUUGCAGCUUUCUUGAUUUAUAACAAGCAAUGUACUGAUGAGUGUAAAGCCUUGGACAUGAUAUACAAACAAGUACCCAGUGAGAUUCUUCAGUCGUUACCCGUGAAUCCUUUGCCUUCACAGUUGAGAUAUCUUGGGUAUGUCUUGAGAAGGGAUCCUUUUGCAGCUGCUGCUGAUCGGACGUGUAAAAUGCUCUUUUCAGUGACCAAAGAGAGUAAAGCCGUGAGGCUAUUCAGACAGGCGGAUUUUGAUCUGUUUAAAGUUUAUGCCAACUGUCCUGUUCAAGGUGAUGAUGUGCUCGAGUGUGUUAAUGAUAAAUCAGAGCAUGAAGAAGUGUUGUGUCGCGUUGUGUUCAAAACAGAGUUUGUCAGAGCAAAUACAGUGACACUUGGCCUCGAGGAAACUGAUGCACCGUUGGAUGUCAAGGAUCGGUUUCCCAAUGACUUCCGAGCUGAGAUUCUUUCCUCGGAGACGGAUUCGAGUUCUUCACUUGGAGAGCUUAAUUCACCCGGUAAGGACAAAGAAGAUUGGCCAACCGAAGCAUGUGUUAAAAUUCAAGAUACAAGUACCAACUUUCAUUCUGGAGCUUCAGAGGCUGAUUAUGAUCUUAAGACGACCCAACGAAUGACAGUCUCCCGUAUUACUGAAGAAAAUCUAGAGAAUACUUCUUCACCAAGUGGCAGAGAUGAAAAACUCGAAAAUGUCUUUCUCCAAAAUGAAGCAAAAUCGAGCAUGCACUCCCCUGAGACUGCUCAAAAGCAUGAAAUGUGCAGUGCUUCUAGUAAUCUUGUUAACAAAGAUGAUCAAUUACUUGAAGUGAGUCCGAAAAAUGGAGCUUCUGAAAACAACACAACAUCUGCACAAGCAAAGCUAAUGGUAACACAGUCUACCUUGUUAAACUCAAGCGACGAUUCAGAUUCCACGUCAAAGAAGACCGACUCGAGUGAGCCGCAUGUUUUUGUAUGUAGGCCUGCUCAGUCCAAAAUUAUACUCCCACGAAUAUCUCAAAUUUCUCCCAACUCAAAUUCCUUGCAAGUCUCGCUUUCGCAAGCACCUCUCUCGAGAUACCGAGGUGCAGCCACCUCAGCACUAGGUAUAACAGCUCUGCUGCACGAUCAUGCCGAAUUCAGUAACAGACAAGUCCAGUGUCCAUCCACAUCAGCAUCCGCUUUGUGUCUAAAAAAUCAUGUCGACCCUACUGACUCUUCAAAGCCUCAUCCGCUCGAGGAAAAACCGAAAUCCCUUCCUCCUCCUCCUCCUCUGCCGCCACUUUUGCCCCGUUCCAAUGGGCCCCGUCCGCUUACAGCAUCAAAGAAUUCAACUGUACCACCCGCCGCCCCAUCUCCACCGCCGCCACCUCAGCAUGCCGCUUUGCCGCCAGCUAGGAUCCGACAAGUUGUUCCACCUCCGCCAGCUCCUCUUCCGAAAGGCAGGCCCACUUAUCUUCAGUGUGUGAAGGGAAAAUUGCAGCCACGGGCGAGCAUGAGAACUCAAACUCAAGCGCAACCGAGAAAGGCACCUCUCCGGGCGUACCACUGGUUGAAGCUAACAAGAGCCAUGCAAGGCAGUUUGUGGGCCGAGGCGCAAAGACCUGAAGAGGCUUCAAAAGUUCUUGAGCUGGACAUUUGUGAAAUCGAAAGUUUAUUCUCGACCACCGUCACAAAUUCAGAUCACGGGGAUGCUGGCAGGAAAAUGAAUAGGCAUGGAUCAUCAGGGCUCAAACCCAACAAAGUUCAUUUGAUCGAGCUCCGAAGAGCAUACAACUGCGAAAUUAUGCUAACAAAAGUAAAGGUUCCCUUGUCAGAUUUGAUGAAUUCAGUCCUUGCUUUGGACGGCUCGGCAUUGGAUAUCGAUCAAGUCGAUAACCUGAUAAAAUUCUGUCCAACCAAAGAAGAGAUAGAACUCCUUAAGAACUACAAUGGUGAGAAGGAGAACCUUGGAAAGUGUGAACAGUUUUUCUUGGAGUUGAUGAAAGUUCCACGUGUCGAGUCGAAGCUCAGAGUUUUCUCCUUUAAAAUUCAAUUUUUCUCCCAGUUGUCCGAUUUGAGAAACAGUUUGAAUAUAGUGAAUUCUGCAUCUCAAGAGGUCAGAAAUUCUGUCAAGUUGAAAAGGAUAAUGCAAAGUAUCCUUUCACUAGGAAAUGCAUUAAAUCACGGAACGGCAAGAGGUUCUGCUGUGGGGUUUCGUCUGGAUAGUCUCUUAAAACUUAGUGAAACGAGAUCACAUAACAACAAGCUGACUCUUUUACACUAUUUGUGUAAGGUUCUUUCUGAAAAGUUGCCAGAAGUUUUGGAUUUUCAUGAAGACCUUGCAAGUUUAGAAGCUGCAACAAAGAUUCAGCUAAAGUAUUUGGCAGAGGAAAUGCAAGCCCUUAGUAAAGGGCUCGAAAAAGUUUCUCAUGAACUAAAUGCUUCCGAUAAAGAUGGAGCUGUCUCUGAGUACUUCUGCAAGACUCUGAAGGAAUUUUAUGGUUGUGCUGAAGCAGAAGUUAGAGCACUGGCUUCGAUCUAUUCUGUAGCGGGAAGGAAUGCAGAUGCAUUGGCUCUUUAUUUCGGUGAAGACCCAGUUCGCUGCCCGUUCGAACAAGUUGUUUCGACUUUACUAAAUUUUGUGAGGGUGUUUCGUCGAGCACAUGAGGAGAAUCGCAAGCAAAUGGAACUCGAGAAGAAGAAAGAACAGAAAGAAGCAAAAAACGAGAAAUCUAAAGUGAAUGGUUCCUGGAAAGAAUUGGAAAUGAGAUUAUGA